AUGCCUUCUUUAGCACCCUUUGACGUUAACGGAACGAAAGAAGAGAGGAAGAUGAAGAAGAAAAUAGCUCUUCAAAGUUUAGACGAAACUGACUUUUCGGCGGAAAAGAAGAAAAAGAAGGACUCAAAGAAUAAGGCGGAUGACUCUGAAAGGUCUAAGAAGAAGGAUAGCAAGAAGCGAAAGGUUAUGGAAGAAGAUGACGAAGAAAGAAGUGAAACGAGCUCGGAAUUAGGCGAGCCUGUGAAUUUGAAAUCGGAUAAGAAGAAGCAAAAGAAAGCGAAAGUAGAUGCUGAGGUGGAAGAGGAGGAGAAGAGUGAGAAUCCGAAUGCUAUUUCUCGGUUUCGAAUAUCGGAACCAUUGAGAGAGAAACUCAAGUCUAAGGGUAUUGAGUCUCUGUUUCCAAUUCAGGCCACCACUUUUGAAAUGGUUCUUGAUGGCUCUGACUUAGUUGGACGUGCACGCACUGGUCAGGGCAAAACACUGGCCUUUGUGUUGCCAAUUUUAGAGUCUCUAGUUAAUGGGCCGACAAAGGGAUUGAGGAAGACCGGAUAUGGCAGGGCACCAAGCGUUUUGGUACUUUUACCGACUAGAGAAUUGGCUAAACAGGUGCAUGAAGACUUUGAUGUUUAUGGUGGGGCAAUGGGGUUAUCCUCAUGUUGUUUAUAUGGAGGUGCUCCCUAUCAUUCUCAGGAGUUUAAAUUAAAGAAAGGAGUUGAUGUAGUCAUAGGAACACCAGGCCGUGUCAAGGAUCACAUAGAGAGGGGAAAUAUUGAUUUUACUUCUUUGAAGUUUCGGGUUCUUGAUGAGGCUGAUGAAAUGCUAAGGAUGGGUUUUGUUGAUGAUGUCGAACUUAUUCUUGGCAAAGUUGAGGAUGCUAAUAAAGUUCAGACACUUCUCUUCAGUGCUACCUUGCCAGACUGGGUGAAACAUAUCGCUUCUAAGUUUCUCAAGCCAAAUAAGAAAACUAUUGAUCUUGUUGGCAAUGAGAAAAUGAAGGCUAGUACAAAUGUAAGACAUUUUGUUCUUCCCUGUUCCAGUACAGCAAGAGCUCAAGUUAUUCCGGAUGUUAUUCGUUGUUAUAGCAGUGGAGGCCGCACAAUUAUUUUCACCGAGACAAAGGAAUCUGCUUCUCAACUUGCUGACGUGUUACCGGGAGCACGAGCUUUACAUGGGGACAUACAGCAGUCUCAGCGUGAGGUCACACUUUCUGGUUUCAGGUCAGGCAAGUUUAUGACGUUGGUGGCUACAAAUGUGGCAGCACGAGGAUUAGACAUCAAUGAUGUGCAGUUAAUUAUCCAGUGUGAGCCUCCUCGUGAUGUAGAAGCCUACAUUCAUCGAUCUGGACGUACAGGAAGAGCAGGCAAUUCUGGAGUCGCUGUUAUGCUUUAUGAUCCUAGAAGGUCAAAUGUAUCUAAGAUAGAAAGAGAAUCUGGUGUAAAAUUUGAGCACAUAUCUGCACCUCAGCCAGCUGAUAUAGCUAAAGCUGUUGGUGUGGAAGCUGCUGAGACAAUAACCCAAGUUUCUGACAGUGUAAUUCCUGUGUUCAAGUCUGCUGCCCAGGAGCUACUGGACGCUUCCGGUCUAUCAGCAGUGGAAUUGCUUUCAAAAGCACUUGCCAAGACUGCUGGUUAUACCGAGAUAAAGACCAGAUCACUACUUGGUUCUUUGGACAACCAUGUUUCGGUGCUUCUUGAAGCUGGGAAGCCCAUCUACACACCAUCCUUCGCUUACGGUGUAUUGAGGAGAUUCGUGCCUGAGGAGAAAGUAGAGUCAGUGCAGGGUAUGACUCUCACAGCUGAUGGAAAGGGUGCAGUGUUUGAUGUGGCAGUGGAAGAUUUGGACUUGUUUCUUUCUGGUCAGGAAAAUGCGGCUAAUGUGAGCAUAGAGGUUUUGAAAGAAUUACCACGCUUACAAGAAAGAGAACAGCCGAGGGGAAGAUUUGGUGGUGGUGGUCGUGGUGGCUUUGGUGGUGGUAGUAGAUUUUCUGGUGGCAGAGGUGGUGGGUUUUCUGAUAGAAGAAAUAACAGAUUUUCUGGUGGGGGUAGAGGUGGUAAUAACGGUAGGAGAUGGUAAGUGUUGGAAGUUGCCACCAAUCUGAAAAUCCCGUAAGUGGAACAAUUUAUAAUUUAAAGCCAGAGUUAAUUCUGAUGAUGAUGAAAUUAUUCAAUAUCUUAGGAAUUU